UCGGUCUCUGAAAAAAGAAGAAGGGCAAAACUAGACGUUUACGCAGCUCCAAAGUUUGGUGGUGGUCGAGAUCCGGCGUCGACGGGUUUCCUCCUCCUCCGAUAAUGAUGAAGAUUCCGAGCGGCGUUGUCGCUUCAGUCAUUGCCUUCUCCACGGCUGCUCUCUCUUCUUCUUCAUCCGCUAUUCCUCCAGCGUCCCCAAAGGGGUGGGAAUCGAGGAAGAUGGAGAAAAUGGAGCCGAGGUUUGAUGGGUCGAGGUUCAUAGAGACGCUGGUCACAGCACACAGAUAGAUUCAUUAUCACUUUUUGGCCUUUGGGUGCUGCAAAAGCUUUGACACAACACAAAGCGUGAGUGCUGUCACUUGGGGAUCUUCUUUUCUUUCUCCUUUGUUGUCUUCUAUUUUUAUCAAAACGUCUGUCUCUCUUUUUACAAAUUACAUUUGUGUACUAAGACUUGUAUCAUUCUUUGUUGCUAAAUCGAGAGCAAUUUUUGGACUGCGAUUCCGUUAUGUUGUUUUAUUUUCACUUAUUGCCAAUUUCAUUAUUGGUGUGUAUUUAGCCAAAAAAAUGAAUAGG